CAGAAUCUAGCCAAUAAGAUAACAUAUUUAAAUAAGGCGCUCUAUAACUCCGAGGAGCGGUAGUAAUUUCAUCAACGAUCCCAAAGUAAAGAUAGACUUUCAGGAAAUGAUUAAUUUCCCAAGCCCCAAAAACUUUUCGAAGGAGGGGAGUCCCCAGCCUGGUGAUUCACCAAGCAUCGUUGCCCCACCUAGAAACUUGAGAACACAUCAGCUUCAGAACGCAUGGACCCUGUGGCGCAUCGACCAAGGUAAAAACCAGUCGUGGGAGAACAUGCUUCGCAGCCUUGGCAGCUUUAGCACCGUCGAGGACUUUUGGAGCCUAUACUGGCGCAUUGAGCCGCCUUCAAAGUUAAAAAAUGGUUCUGAUUAUUUCCUGUUCAAGAGUAACAUUCAGCCCAUGUGGGAGGAUCCGGCAAACAAGGAGGGUGGUAGGUGGUUAAUCGCCCUCCAGAAGGGCUCUACAAAUCUGGACGCAGCUUGGCUAGAUAUGCUGCUCUGCCUGAUUGGCGAGGUCUCUGAUCACUCGGAUCAAAUCUGUGGAGGUGUCGUUAGGAUCCGAAAAAAGGGAGAUAAGAUUUCCCUCUGGACCAAUAAUGGCAAGGACGAGGAGGCCGUCCUGGAGAUCGGCCAUAAAAUACGUCAGGUCGUUAGUCUCGAAUUCAAUCAACGGAUUCAGUACCAAGAGCACAUGAAAGAGGCUAUUGGCUCCGGACUGAUGCACUUUUUGUAGGCCGUGGGUUCCUUAGAUUUUUGUUAACUUUUUUUGUUUAUAUAUAUUAACAUUUUUCGAUCUCUGGGCCACCAAAAAAAAUUACCUUCAAAAGAAUACCAAAUACCAAUAUACCAAAAUUUGUUAAAUAUAUUUUCGAAAUAAAAUAAAUUUCAAACUAUUACUGUGCUUC